AUGCAGCAGCAGCAGUCCAUGAGCCUGAGCGAGCCGGACGCCCCGGCGAGCACGGCCAGGCCUGACGAGCCUACCCGGAGCGGCGCGGUGUCCAAGGCGGCUUCCAUGGAGAGGUUCGGCCACAGCUCGUCGUCCUCCGGCAUGGUGUUCGGCGGCCGCGUGGACGCGGAGGAGGACGACCAGGAGGUGUCGGCCUACUUCGACCUGCCGCUGGAGCUGCUCCGGAGCAGCAGCGUCGACAUGGAGUCGCCCGUCACGGCGGCGUUCGUCUUCGACAGCAGCCGGGGCCGGGGCAAGAGCAUGCUGCCGGACCUCGACUUUAGUUUCCCGGCGCCGCCUGCUUUCUCGAGUCCCUCUCCGUCGUCGCGACGGGCCUGA